AGGCGUGCAAACAUGAAACGUACUUUCUUAAGAAGGAUUUAUCUUCAUGUGAGCGCUACUUCAGAUGUACCAACCUCGGUCCUGACCUCGCCUACUUCUGUCCGUACGGUUACAGCGCUGACCCACAGGGCUAUUACUAUUGCAGAUUCGAUUACGGUUGUCGGGAAUCGACAGAUGCACCUACCUCGACAGCAGAUGCGACAACUGAAUCAAAAACGAAAGAUGUUACAAGUGAAUCUAGUACAACAGGUAUGACAACUGAAUAUGUUACUGAAGGUGUGACAACUGUAUUUUCUACUGAAGAUGUUACAACUAAAUCUGUUACUGAAGAGGUGACAACUGAGUCUAUUACUGAAGAUGUGACAACUGAAUCUGUUACUGAUAAUGUGACGACUGAAUCUGUUACUAACGAUGUGACGACUGAAUCUGUUACUAACGAUGUGACAAUUGAAUCUGUUACUCAAAGUGUGACAACUAAAUAUCUUACUGAAAAUGUGACAACUAAAUCUGUUACUGAAGAUAUUACAUCUGAAUCCGUUACUGAUUUAACAACUGAAUAUGUAACUGAAGAUUCAACAACUGAAACUGCUACUAAAGAUGUUACGACUGCAUCUAUAACUGAUGUUACAACUGAAUCUGCUACUGACGAUGCAACAACUGAAACUGCUACUAAAACUAUCACGACUGAAUCUAUUACUGAUGUUACAACUGAAUAUAUAACUGAAAAUGUUACAACUGAAUCUGCUACUGACGAUGCAACAACUGAAACUGCUACUAAAACUAUCACGACUGAAUCUAUUACUGAUGUUACAACUGAAUAUAUAACUGAAAAUGUUACAACUGAAUCUAUUACUGAUGUUACAACUGAAUCUGGAACUGAAGAUGCAACAACUGAAUCUGUUACUGAUUUAACAACUGAAUCUGUAACUGAAGAUGCACCAACUGAAACUGCUACUAAAGAUGUUACAACCGAAUCUAUUACUGAUGUUACAACUGAAUCUGUUACUGAAGAUGCAACAGCUGAAACUGCUACUAAAGAUGUUACAACUGAAUCUAUUACUGAUGUUACAACUGAAUCUGGAACUGAAGAUGUUACAACUGAAUUUGUUACUGAUGUUACAACUGAAUCUGUAACUGAAGAUGUUACAACUGAAUAUAUUACUGAUGUUACAACUGAAUUUGGAACUGAAGAUGUUACAACUGAAUCUGUUACUGAUGUUACAACGAAUCUGUAACUGAAGAUGUUACAACUGAAUAUAUUACUGAUGUCACAUCUGAAUCUAUUACUGAUGUUACAACUGAAUCUGUAACUGAAAAUGUGACAACUGAAACUGCUACAAAUGAUUUUUCAACUGAAGAUGUUACAACUGAAUCUGUUACUGAUGUUACAACUGAAUCUGUAACGGAAGAUGUUACAACUGAAACUGCUGCUAAAAAGAUUACGACUGAAUCUGUUACCGAUGUUACAACUGAAUCUGUAACCGAAUAUGUUACAACUGAAUCUAAUACUAAUUUUACAACUGAAUCUGUGCCUUGAUUGAAAGUGAAAUUUUUAAGAUGUCUUGAUUACCCGAUAUAUUCUUCAUGUGGUUAAAUGCUGAUUGAUUGAAAUGUGAGAACCGGAACACAUACUAUCCUUUCUGAUCAACGGACAUCAGGCAUCGAACCAGAAUCUCAUACUAUAUAGUCAUUCCAAAUGUUGUCCGGAGUCC